AUGAGUGUAAAUGAUAAUUUCGAGUUGUGGAGAGACUGUGUUCAAUGGCUUGUAGAUAUCAAUGUCUUGAGAUCAGAUCAUAAAGUAGCUCAAUCAUCAGCAACACUUGAAGAGUUUGCUGCUCUACUUAAGGAUGGUGUUCUCUUAUGUCAUCUGAUAAAUAAGCUCGUGCCUAAUGCUAUAGAUCAAAGAUGCAUACCAACACAAGUUCACCAUCUUUCAGAGUUUCAUUGCGAAAGAAUAAUAUGCUUGUUUUUGGAUGCAGCGCAAAAAGUUUUUAUGCUAGAUCCGAACACUAUGUUUGUAGCAUGGGAACUCUACUGCAUGAGCGAUUUUAUGAAGGUCAUGAAAACUUUAUCAAAUAUCUCAAAGUCAGAUAUAUGCAAACGACAGGGAAUAAGACCGUUCCCUCGUACUACAGCUGAUAAUUCAUAUUAUGUAUAUCAGGAGGAAAAUGAUAUUUACAGAAACCUGCAGGAGAAGGUGGAGAGCGAUAAUACAGAUUACGACUAUACAUAUCGCCCUUUAGCUGAAGAGGAAGACAAAAUAUACGACCAUUUCGUAGCAAGGCAAGAUAGCAUAAGAGACUGGAAAAAUGAUGCGUGGUCUUCCUUUCAACCAGUAACUAAACGGGAACAUUCCAUCAAAGAACUUCUAGAUACUGAGAAAAAUUAUGUUGAGAAAGCUUUAAAUAUGAUAAUGACCAAAUUCUAUUCCCCUUUGCAACAAUAUUUCACAGAUCCCAAGGAUCAUAGCAUCGUUUUUAUGAACAUUUCGGCUUUGUGGACAUUACAUCAGACGUUCUAUACCGACUUACAAAAAGCAGUCUUUCACACUCUAAACAUUUCCGUGAAUGAUAAUCGUCAAUCUUCGUAUAAUAAAUACAUAGGGAAUGUUUUCUUAGAUCACAAAGAAAAAUUCAUUGCAUAUGGGCCCUAUUGCUCAACGCUGGACGAUUCAAGAAGAAAAUUAAUAGACAUUGAGAAAUCUGAUUGCGUACUGAAAUCGAAAAUCCAUGCAUGCACUCAAGAGGUUAAUGAGAAUCAGUUCAAACUUCAGGAUCUUCUAUGCCUCCCUAUGCAACGAGUUCUCAAAUAUCAUUUAUUGCUCACAGAGAUGCUUAAAGCUACUUCUGUGGAGUCACCUGAUAGGAAAUCAUUGGAGUCUGCGAAAGAAGCAAUGGAAGACCUGAGUGCCUAUGUUAAUGAGAUGAAAAGAGAUCAUGAGGCGAUGCAUUUGGUACGGGAAGUGGAAAGAAGUGUGAAUGAUCUGAAUAUGCCUGGCGAAACAACGUUAUUAGACUAUGGACGUCUCAACACAGAUUGUGAAGUUCAGAUCAGGGAGUCUGUAGAUCGGGUAUCAGGAAAACACAAAAACAGACAUGUUUUUCUGUUCGACAAAGUUCUUUUUAUAUGCCAAGCGGCACGAAGGGGUGUAUAUCGGUACAAAGCAGCCUACGUCAUUCAGGAUCUAAAAAUUGAGCCAUUCGAGAAUCGUCAGGGAACUCUUCGAAGCUUCAGCUCUGGAACCAAGUUCCAAGUUCAUCUCAUCAGAGACAUACCAGACAAAGAGAAAGAAAGGGAACGGAACAUUCGCUGCAAUACCGAACCCAUUAAGCACAUCACUUUAACAUUUAAAAACCUUACGCAAAUGGAAAAGUGGAUUACGCAAUUCAAUCACAGCUACGAUAAUGUGUCUCCGCAGGCUGCGAAAGACAUGAAACACAAAGUGAAGUAUACAACUUUUGAUGAUGCCAAAGCUCAUUUCUGUACCAUCUGCAACAAACUCUUGAAAGGUUAUAUGUAUCAAGGCUAUAAAUGCGAAUACUGUGACGGCAUUUUCCAUAAAUCUUGUUUGAGUCUCAAACAAUGCACAGGUAGAUGUAGAGAUCGGGGAAACGCCACCAUGAGCAUUCUCGACACCUCAUUUCGCAGAAUGAAUUGGAGCUCAUUAAAUUCCGGUGAACAAGUUCUCUGUAAAAACAGAGUUACCAGCAAUGAUCCUCAGUACCUGUCUUAUGACGUUGACGAUAUAAUUGAAGUAGUACAAUCCAGAGAUGACAAAAGUUUUAUUGGUGAGCAUGUUAAAACAAAAAAUAGAGGUUUGGUUAAUUUAUCUGAUGUUCGUCGCGUUAGAGUCAAUUCUAUUUCUGGAUUUUCUUUGGAUAACCUAUCUCUUCUCUUCGAUGAAGGUACUGCUGGAGCUAGGAUUGAUCGAAAAGAGUCUACUAUUCUCCCGCGUCGGCCAAUAGCAACGCCAACACGAGCCUCAGACCGUUCCAGUAUGGAUAUCGUUAAUGAAUCUGCUUACGUUGGUCAAAUGGUGCGAACAGAGGCUGAAAGAAAGUUGCGAAACACACCAAACGGAACAUUUCUCGUGCGUUCUAGUCCUAAUUUGGAUCAUUUUGCCAUAAGCAUAAGUUACAUGGGAGAUGUCAAACACACUAAAGUAGAAUGUUUGGAUGGCUUAUACUACUUUGACGACGUGUGCAAGUUCACAAGUGUGGUGGAGUUGGUGAAUUACUAUAAGAGGAACAGUUUGUCCGAGUGCUUCGAAUUCCUUAACACAAAUCUACGCGAUCCAUAUAGAGAGAAUAAUCUGUUCAUUGCACUUCAUGAUUUCGCUGCAAAUGAACCAAAAUUUCUGUCUUUGAAAAAAGGUGACAUUGUCACUCUCAUAGAGAAAGUUGGCGAAGAACGUGGUUGGUGGAAAGGAUGUAUAAAAGAAGGAACUGAAGAAAGGGUAGGAUUCUUCCCUCUUAGUUAUGUUGAACAAUACACUCCGUGA